AUGACGUUGGCAUAAUUGUUUAGAGUGGAGACGUAGACUAGACGCGUUUAUUGAAAUUAAUAAUUUUGGUUGGCUUUUGGUGGAUUAUUGUUAUUUUCCGUAAUGUUAUAAUACCUACUUGUGUGUAUUGAAAAAUCGUUACAUUAUUUUGGUGCCUCGGAAUCUGUAACAAAUAACAAAAUGAAACGAGGUUAUGAUUCAAUGAACAACUCUUCUAUUGAAAUAAGUUCCUACCGUGAUCAACAUUUUAAGGGAUCUAGAAGUGAACAAGAACGCUUACUUAGAACUUCAUCCACACUUUACAUUGGAAACCUUUCAUUCUACACCACAGAAGAGCAGAUAUAUGAAUUAUUUUCAAGAUGCGGUGACAUAAGAAGAGUUGUAAUGGGUCUAGAUAAAUAUAAAAAGACACCGUGUGGUUUCUGUUUUGUAGAGUAUUAUGCUAGAUCUGAUGCUGAAAAUUGUAUGAGAUAUAUAAAUGGUACCAGAUUAGAUGACAGAAUUAUUCGUUGUGAUUGGGAUGCAGGCUUUAUAGAAGGUCGCCAAUAUGGUCGUGGAAAAACUGGUGGACAGGUUCGAGACGAAUAUAGAACUGAUUAUGACGGCGGUCGCGGCGGCUACGGAAAAAUCAUUGCACAGAAGAUUGUUCCUAACACUCUAGAACGCUGAUUAGGAAAAUUUGCAGCAUUGUGUGCAAACUUAUGAUAAGUGUGAGAAAAUUUUUCAAGACUGUAAAUGUAAUGUCUAGAAUAAUGUAAUAACAAAUAAGUUUGACAUUCACCUAUGAAUGUGUCAUCACUUUACAUUAAGUUGUACCCCACUUUGGUUUUAUACAGUAAAACAAACUUUUUCUUAUAGUGUU